CAGCCUCACGCUCCGAAAGCAGGCGCCCGCUGCUCCCACUUCGCCCAGCCGAACCAACGCCAUCUCCCUCCCUCCAUCCCGUGUGGCCGCCAGCGAGCGAGCGAGCGAGGGUUCGAGACGGAGGCGAUAGCGGCGGCGAGUACGGGGAUUUUCGAGGAGAUGAACGGCGGCGGCGGCGGAGGAGGAGGAGGAGGGGAGGUGGGCUUCGUGGGGGGCGGCGGGGAGGAGGAGGAGAUGGACGAGGACGGCGCGCGGGAGGCGGGGAAGGAGCAGGUCGUGCUGAUGUGGGGCUACCUCCCCGGCGUCUCGCCGCAGCGCUCGCCGCUGCUGGGCCCCGUGCCCGUCAGGCUGCCCCUGGCGGCGGCCGGCGACGCGUGGAGGGAUGUCUGCGGCGGCGGGUGCGGCUUCGCCAUGGCCAUCUCCGAGUCUGGAAAACUCCUCACCUGGGGCUCUACUGACGAUAUGGGUCAAAGUUAUGUGACGGCUGGGAAGCACGAGGAGACUCCAGAGGCUUUUCCUCUUCCUAGUGAUGUUGCGAUAGCGAGGGCUGAUGCUGGGUGGGCUCAUUGUGUUGCAAUAACCGAUGAAGGGGUUGUCUAUACAUGGGGUUGGAAAGAAUGUGUUCCGACUGGAAGGGUCAUUGCAGAUCAAGCUUCAGUUGGAACUUUGGAGAAGGAUGAAAGACAGAGCGCAAUUGCCAACAACCAAGGCAACUCCAUUGCAGUGAGCCCCAGGUCACAGGCGUCUAGGACAAGCAGUGGAGCAGCAUCUGGUCCUUCUGAAAGUAGAGGUACCGAGGAUAGCACCAAGAGGCGACGGUUGUCUUCAGCUAAACAAGGAAAUGACAGUUCGACAUCUGGUGAUGAAAACCUUUCUGCACCACCUUGUGUUGUGACAUUUAAUACUGGGGUGAAAAUAACGGCAGUAGCUGCUGGUGGUCGCCAUACAUUAGCAUUAUCAGAUUUUGGUCAGGUAUGGGGUUGGGGAUAUGGAGGAGAAGGGCAACUGGGUCUGGGGUCCAGAAUUCGUACAGUUUCCUCCCCUCACCCUAUACCUUGCAUUGAAUCAACAUCGUAUGGCAAGGAUCGGCUAUCAGCUAUGAAAGGCAACAAAAACGCUGAAGGGCAAAUUAAUAAAGCAACAGGAAAUCGUGUGACGGCCAUUGCGUGUGGAGGCCGCCAUAGUGUUGUGGUAACGGAUUCAGGAGCACUUCUUGCAUUUGGGUGGGGACUGUACGGGCAGUGUGGACAGGGGAAUACAGAUGAUGUGUUGAGCCCAACAUGUGUAUCAGCUAUUCUGGGAGUCAAGAUGCAAGAUGUUGCCGCAGGGUUAUGGCAUACAGUAUCCAUAUCUGCAGAUGGUGAUGUCUAUUCGUUUGGAGGCAACCAGUUCGGGCAGCUGGGGAUUGGUUCUGAUCAAGCUGAGACUAUACCAAAACUGGUAGAUGCCCCCAGCUUGGAAAAUAAGAAUGCAAGAUCAGUGUCUUGUGGAGCUCGUCAUAGUGCAAUAAUAACAGAUGAGGGCGAAGUCUUCUGCUGGGGAUGGAACAAGUACGGCCAGUUGGGCCUCGGCGAUUCCAUGGACAGAAACGUGCCCUGCAUCGUACCUGUGGACGAGUACCACCCGCUGAACGUGUCGUGCGGCUGGUGGCACACCUUAGUGCUCGCGGAGUCCCCGACGUGAUGCCGAACCCCUAGUGAAGGAGGAGCUGAACUGCCCCUGUAGGUCAGGUGACAAUUUUGUUAGGAGUUUGGUAGACCCUUCAUCCACCCAGGUCCCUUGUACAUACAUGAAUGAGGGUGCAUACAGUGACAUUGUGUAUCCAUCCAUUCUUCCCUGUGCCGGUACAGAGUGCAGCAUUGGACGGACAGAUUUGUAUCGCGCUGUGUGUAUACGGUCGAGUUAGGAGGAUUUGCUCGCACUGUUUGAUUGUGUAUACUUACAUUCUACUAUUAGGUUCAAAGAGCGCGAUAAUUUGUGCUUGUA